GAUUUCUCGGAGAACUUGCUAAAAAAAAUUUCAAAAAUCCUUGAAUUUUUUUUGGAUUACUAGUAGUACUUUUACAUUUGAAAAUAAUAAAUUUUAAAACUUUUUUUAUCAAAGAAAGAAAAAAAUAGAUUUAGAGACACAAUAUGCGAAAACACUUUAACACAUUAUCAAGAAUCUCAAUUUUUAAAUAAGAGGAGUUGAAAAAAAAACUUAAUAAAUAAAACAUCUUUUAACCCCUUUUUUAUGUGUCUAGCAUCUUAUGAUUUUAAAAUAUAAUAUUAUGAUAUACAAAAGAUAGAUGUUUAAGCAUGAUUUCUUUGUAUACAAAAUAUUGAUAUUUUACCUUCUGUUUUUGUAUUUUAAAUAUUGAUGUUUUAAACUUUGUUCAAUGCAUUCUACUUUUAAACUAAAACAUAAAUUAAAUCUUAAAGUACUACUAGUAAAAUCUUAAAGUAUACUACUAAUAAAUUAAAGAUGGGUAUAAUUUUAUUGGGAAGUAAACAAAACUUAAAAGUGAAUUUAAAAUCAAUAGGUAAAAAUGUAUAUAUAGUUUUUUAUUAAUAUGUUUGCAAAUUUCAAAAUAUUGAUCUUUCAAAUACAAAAAUAAUAAUAAGUUUUAUCUCUAUUUUACACCAAAAAAAAAAAAGUUUUAUCUCUAUAAGAUUAAAAACAACCUAAAAACAAUAUUGAAAACACAAUUUGCGCGCGUGGCUAUUUUAAUAAUUAAGGAAAUUACGUGACGGAACCAUAUAGUGAAUUUCAAGUACCGUAUAGUCUUAUUAACCUUACUACGUCUGUGUUUCAAAAAAAAAAAAAAAAAAAAAAAAAAACCUUACUACGUCUGUCUUCGCGUUUGCAUCAAGGGAAACACACAGAGCGAGACAGAGAGAAUAUUCUAUUGAUCAUGUGCGUCUUUGAACCCUGAUCCCUUCAAGUAUCUAUAUAUAUUGACGAGUAUUAGUUGAUCAUUUCAAACAAAUACUGAAAACGAAAAAAUAAUGUUGUCCCUACUUCCUAUUGUCUUGACCUUUCUUGUUCUUAUUCUCAUCCCUUGUCUCUUCGUCUCUAGGCGUCUAAGUGUUCCCCUCUCUUUUACAAAUAUCCGCAGACUCGUCAAAAUCGCAGCUUCUCAAUGCGAUGAAGAAGACGAGAGGUGCGAGAAAUCCGGUACAACUGGAAAGGAAGAGAAACAAGGAAGAAUGCCAAAGCAUGUGGCGAUCAUAUUGGACGGAAACAGACGCUGGGCAAAGAAAUUAGGACUCACGACUGCAGAAGGUCACGAGGCCGGAGUGAAGAGAGUUCUUGAUCUUGCUAAGGAUUUUUUCACGUCGGGUGUUAACACGGUCUCACUCUUUGCUUUCUCCACUGAAAAUUGGGGAAGACCCGAGGAAGAAAUUAGAAACUUGAUGUCCAUAUUUGAGAAAUUCAUAAAGAUGAAGAUACCUGACUUCCAAAGCUAUAAAAUCAAGAUCUCUGUGAUUGGGAACCGCGCAAACAUCCCUGAGCCGCUUCUAGUAUCAAUACGAGAGGCAGAAGAAGCUACAAAGAGCUACGAAGAGAGGCACCUCAUUAUGGCAAUUGACUAUAGUGGAAAGUUUGAUAUCAUACAAGCCUGCAAAAGCCUUGCUGAAAAGGCGAAAAACGGAGUGAUACAAGUGGAGGAGAUUGACGAAAAUGUGAUGGACAAAGCAUUGUUGACGAAUUGCAGUGAGUUCCCAAAUCCUGACCUGAUGAUCAGAACGAGCGGAGAGCAAAGGAUCAGUAACUUCUUCCUAUGGCAAUCAGCUUACACUGAGCUCUACUUCCCUACUGUUCUAUGGCCUGACUUCACCAUGGCUGACUAUCUCAAGGCCUUGACUUGGUAUCAGAAAAGGGAUAGGCGAUUUGGUCGAAGAGUUUAAAAACUUCUUUGUCUCCCCAAAAUAAAUUGUUCAACUACUGACCUAUGUGCAUUUGUGUGUUUACAUUUAAUAGUGGAUUUAAAACUUCAUCAAACCAGGAAUCUCAUGUAUCAUCAAUUCAUCAAAAGC